AUGCCCGAGGACUGCCCCAUCUGCCUCGAGCCCUUCUGCGACGACGACGGCGUCAGGGUCGUCCCCGCGUGCGGCCACCUCUACCACGCGCCCUGCAUCGACCGCUGUCUCGACGUCCGCAACUCCUGCCCCAUCUGCCGCUGCGCCGUGGCCAGCCUCUACGCCGCCGCCGACCGCGACAGGGACGCCACUUCGGUGGCCGACGACGCCGACGCCGACGACCAGGAGGCCGUCCUGCAGCGCGUGGUCGCGAUGAUCGAAGCCAUAAGAGACGAACAGAGAGAAGACGCGGCGGCGCGGCGCGCGCCGGCCGGCGGAGGCGCAGGGUACAUCAUUUGGGGAAAUGCCUUCAAGAUGAUUGAUGAGAUGUCUACAUGGAUACACCGGCCAGUAGGCACCACCUCGAGUAAUCAGAGCAACCAAGAAGAGGAACUGAAGAAGCUCAUGGAGAGCACAGACGAAAUUAAGAAGAGAUUGGCAGCCAAAGAAGUUGAGGUGCAGGAGGCCAAGACCACCCUCGACGCAAAGGUCACAGUGAUUGGCAACAUCGUGCAUGCGUCCGUGCCAGUCAGCGACGACGAGUACUGA